AUCUCUCUCCCUCUCUAUCUCUCUCCCUCUCUAUCUCUCUCUUACCAAUUUCCAUUUCUCGGGGGAAAAUAAUAAUACGACUUUUGAAAUCUCUCACUAAUAUUUCCCAAGAAAACCUGAUGAAUUAAAAGUUCAUAUUUUCUUGGUGUUGAUUGGUAUUAGAUGACUAUUUCUUAGUAUUAGUCAAUUCUCUGUUUCCAUCUUAUAUGGAUAGUCUAGACACAGAGCAAAGAUCCUUCUUUGGAGAAAAAGAAGAUGAGAGACGAGAGAGGAUCGUUUCUUCACGUAUUGGUCGUAGAUAGAUCUUAAUCGAUAACCAUCUAGGCCUUGAUCUAACCAUUCAAUAUAAACUUUAUUUCCUUCUUCUUUUCGAUCUCAAUUGUUCCGACCAAACAAGAUGAAGAGAUCACGUGGAAGCUCCGAUUCUUUAUCCGGUUUCUUACCAAUUCGCCAUUCUACAACAGACAAACAAAUAAGCCCAAGACCAACAACUACCGGCUUUCUCUAUUCCGGCGCCGGAGACUACUCCCAGAUGUUUGACGCAUUAGAAGACGACGGAAGUCUAGAGGACCUCGGCGGCGUUGGACACGCGUCUUCUACGGCGGCGGAGAAAAAACGGCGGUUGGGUGUAGAGCAAGUGAAAGCGUUAGAGAAGAAUUUCGAGAUUGAUAACAAGUUAGAGCCAGAGAGGAAAGUGAAGCUGGCUCAAGAGCUUGGGUUGCAGCCACGCCAAGUCGCGAUCUGGUUUCAAAACCGCCGUGCUCGGUGGAAGACAAAGCAGCUUGAACGUGAUUACGGCGUUCUUAAGUCAAACUUUGAUGCACUCAAACGCAACCGCGACUCGCUUCAACGCGAUAACGAUUCACUCCUUGGACAGAUUAAAGAGCUGAAAGCAAAACUUAACGUGGAAGGGGUUAAAGGUAUAGAAGAGAACGGCGCUUUAAAAGCAGUGGAAGCAAAUCAAUCGGUGAUGGCUAAUAAUGAAGUCUUAGAGCUAAGCCACCGUUCUCCAUCGCCACCACCGCAUAUUCCUACGGACGCUCCGACAUCGGAGCUCGCAUUCGAAAUGUUUAGCAUUUUUCCACGCACGGAAAACUUCAGAGACGAUCCUGCCGAUAGCAGCGACUCAAGCGCGGUUUUGAACGAAGAGUAUAGUCCCAAUACGGUUGAAGCAGCUGGCGCAGUGGCGGCCACGACUGUAGAAAUGUCGACGAUGGGUUGUUUUAGCCAAUUCGUGAAAAUGGAAGAGCAUGAAGAUCUGUUUAGUGGAGAGGAAGCUUGCAAGUUGUUUGCGGACAAUGAGCAAUGGUAUUGCUCCGAUCAGUGGAAUUCGUAAAAUGUGGGGGCAGAAUUAAAAGCAUAGAAAAGCUGAAGGGGGUAUGUGGAAAUAUUACUGAAGUCAUAUUGGGUCGGAAAAUGCAUUACUCAAAAUAUUGGGGUUUUUCUUGAGAAAAUGGAAUAUGACGCGAGAGGGUAGUAAAAACGAGCGUGUGGUGUUCCAUGCACGUGUGGCCGUAAUCUUUUCAAGGUUGAAUGAGAGAGGACAAAAAAGUCUGAAAUCAUCGGGAAUAAAAAAAAUAUGUGACGAAGAAAUCGUUUUUUCGUCGUUUAUAAUAUUAUUUGAAUAAUUUUACUUAGGUGAAUGUAAUCGUCAAAAAUCUUUAAAUUCCGAAGGGUUAAAGAUUCUGAGCACGACUAACUAUCUAUCCUCUUUUAUUGUUCUCGUCGUCCAUUGACGACUAUGCACAAUUCAUAAGAUUAUUCCCUAUGUACAAUGUGUCUUUUUAGAGAAACCUAUCUGAAUUUUGAAAAUGUUAUAUAAUUUAAUUUUGGCAUUGAUCUGUUUCAAAGUCGACAUGAUACGAUCGAUGCUAAUAAGAACUGUUUAUUUCGAGAUUGAGAGUGGUCCAAAUUUGAGAUGUCGGAUUUGAUAAGAUGCAUUACCAAAUAAUGCUUUUAACCAAAAAAAAUCCUC